GGAGGCCUGGCUGCUGCCAAUGCAGCAAGAAUGUAGCGGCAGCGAGGAAGGGUUUCCCUGCGUCUCCUUGCCUGGCUCUCUUUCUCUCCUGCGGGGCAUAACGGGGCAGGCGGGGAAAUGGAGGGCUCGGGGUGGUCUUCCUCGUCGUGGCUGGGCUCGGCGCUGGUGGCGGGCGCGGGGCUGGCGCUGGCGCUGUGGUGGCUGCUGUCCCGCCGGGCGCCGCGCGGCCUCCCUCCGGGCCCGAAGCCCUGGCCGCUGGUGGGCAACCUGGCCUUCGCGGGGCUGCCCGAGGUGCUAAGGAACCACCUGGCCGUGAUGGGCGCCUCGUGCGCCUCCAGCAGCAGGCUCGGGAAGUCCCUGCAGCGCCUCCCGCGGCCCCUGGCCCCCCACCUCCUGCUCACCGAGCUGGGCCGGGCCUACGGCAGCGUCUUCAGCCUCUUCGUCGGCAGCCGACCCAUCAUCGUCCUCAGCGACUUCGAGACCGUCCGCGACGCCCUCGUCAACCAGGCCGAGGUCUUCAGCGACCGGCCCAGCAUCCCCCUCGUCGCCAUCCUCACCAAGAAAAUGGGUGUGGUCUUUGCCCCUUAUGGCCCAACAUGGAGAAAACAGAGGAGGUUCUCCCAUUCAACUCUGCGACACUUUGGCUUAGGAAAGCAUAGCCUGGAGCCAAAAAUCAUUGAAGAAUCCAAGUAUGUGAAGGGAGAGAUCCUGAAACAUAGAGAAGAGCCAUUCAAUCCCUUUCCAAUCAUCGGCAAUGCGGUAUCCAACAUCAUUUGCUCAAUGGCCUUUGGCCGGCGCUUUGACUACGAUGAUAUAGGGUUUAAGACCUUGUUGAGGCUCAUUUCACGUGGUCUGGAGAUUACCUUGAACAACCAAAUUCUCCUGGUCAACAUCUGCCCUUGGCUGUACUACCUCCCGUUUGGCUCUUUCCGAGAACUCAGGCAAAUUGAGCUGGAUGUCACAUCUUUCCUGAAGAAAAUAAUAAUGCAGCACAGGGAAAGCCUGGAUGCCCAGAAUCCCCGAGACUUCACUGAUAUGUAUCUCCUUCAUGUGGAUGAGGAAAGAAAGACCAACAGUGAAAGCAGUUUUAACGAAGAUUAUCUGUUCUUUAUUAUUGCGGAUCUUUUCAUUGCAGGCACAGACACAACAUCUAACACGCUGCUCUGGAGUUUGCUUUACUUGUCACUUCACCCACAAGAACAAAAAAAGGUUCAGGCAGAAAUUGACUUGGUUAUUGGACGAGAGAGGCCUCCUUCUCUUGCAGACAAGGCGCAGAUGCCUUUCACAGAAGCAACCAUCAUGGAAGUCCAAAGGAUGACAGUCGUCGUUCCUCUUUCUAUUCCUCGAAUGGCAUCAGAAACAACAAAGCUCCAGGGCUACACUAUUCCAAAGGGCAGCGUAAUCAUUCCUAACUUGUGGUCGGUGCACCGAGAUCCCAAGAUAUGGGAGAAACCAGAUGAUUUCCACCCAGCGAGGUUUCUGGAUGAAAACGGCCAACUCCUCAAAAAAGAAACGUUUAUUCCUUUUGGAAUUGGGAGGCGUGUCUGCAUGGGAGAGCAACUAGCUAAGAUGGAGCUCUUUUUGAUGCUUGUGAGUCUCCUGCAAACGUUCACUUUUCAAUUUCCUGAAGAUGCAAAGAAGCCACCCAUGGAAGGAAGAUUUGGCCUAACAUUGGCUCCAUUUCCAUACAACAUAAUUGCCUUAAAAAGAUGAAGGAACCUCGGUCCAGAAUGAUGCAUGAAGCUUGUAAUAUUCCUAUGAAAUUCAGGGCUAUGUAUGAAUUGUAUUUCACUAACACAGUCACCAACCCUUGCGCAGGGGGUAUGGGGGUCUUUCCGCUAACAGGGUGUCCAAAGCUCAUAAAGCACUUUCCCCUUCGCUUGGGGACUCUUUCAUGUGUGGAAAACUUUUGUCUAUGAGAAACCAAGCAAGGUUUGUAGUCCUCAAGAGUUGCAGUGUAACUGUAGAAACUAUUGAAUAGGAAUCGAGUGGCAUUUUCUAUUAGUUUAGGAGCAAAUGGGGAGGAAAACUUGAAAAGCAAAGUAACGAAUAAUAAUAGCAGAUGAAAAUCAAAGCUCAUAAAGCACUUUCCUCUUAGUCUGUGGGGAAAAAAAUCUGUUUAAAAUGAAGCGGUUUCUCGUCCUCAAAAGAAUUGCAGUGUAACUGUUUAAAGGACUGGAUAGGAAUGGAGUGGCACUUUAUAUUAGAUUAGGAGCAAACAGUGAAGACAAGUGAAAAUCAAAGGUAUGGAUGAUGAUAGCAGGUGAAAAUCAAUAGCACUGAAAGCAGCUUUGUAUUUGCCUAUCUCUUUCAUACAAAACUUUUGACAUACUUUUGAAAAAAUUCAUUAAGGAAGUACCAGAGGUGUAUUUUAAGAAUACAAUACUUUGGUUUUUUUUUUCUUU